CUCUCUUGACAUUCAGGCUACCGUCCUGGCCUGAGGCUUUGCUCGCGGAAUGUUUAUCUAGCCUGACGGCGUGAUCGAUGGCGAAACGCAGAGCUUUUGUACACAAGAGGCCUCUCCGCCGACAGGAGACGCGGCCAAGGCCGGCUCUCCCGCCUUUGCCUUCGGCGGCGCUUCGCGGAGCUCCAUGCCUAUAUUAGGUGGGUCGGGCAGGCUGCCCCUCGCGGGCCGUGGCGCCCGGACGGACCAAUGAGAAGGCUCCCCAAGGGCAGGGUCCCUCCUCCUCGGGGUCCCGCCUCUCUACCUGCCUCCAGACGACAAGCCAAGGCUGGCCGCUUGGCCGGCGCGGCGCCCUUCGGAAGCCGGCGCUCGCUGGGGCACCGGCCGCAGCUCAGCUGCAGCGCCCACCAUGUUCCCGAGCCCUGUGACCAGCACGCCUUUCUCGGUCAAGGAUAUCUUGAGUCUGGAGCAGCAUCCCAGCGGCCUGGCCUCCCUGGAGCUCUCGGCCUUGGGCUCGCCUUCCUCCUGCAUGCUGGCCACCUUCAAGCAAGAGUCCUACCCGGCAGAGGACGCCCCCCUCGCCGAGGCCCCGGCCGGCCUGGCCAAAGGCAGCGGCAGUGGCAGCACUUUUCCCGGGCCCUUCUUCGCCAAGAGCUACGUGGAGAUAGAACCGACCAAGGAGCCGAAGGAGAGCAAAAAAGAGCUGUGCGUCCUCUCGAAGUCUCUGGAGCAGGAGAAGCGGGAGGCCGAGGAGGCGGAGCGGCCCCGGCAGAGGAAGAGGCGGAAGCCCCGCGUGCUUUUCUCGCAGGCGCAAGUCUACGAGCUGGAGCGCCGCUUCAAGCAGCAGAAAUACCUCUCGGCCCCGGAGCGGGACCACUUGGCCAACGUGCUGAAGCUCACCUCCACCCAGGUGAAGAUCUGGUUCCAGAACCGCCGCUACAAGUGCAAGAGGCAAAGGCAGGAUCAGAGCCUGGAGCUGGUGGGCAGCAUCCCGCCGCCACGCCGGAUAGCCGUGCCGGUCCUGGUCCGCGACGGGAAGCCCUGCCUGGGCGACUCGUCCCCUUACAGCUCGCCCUACAACGUCAGCCUCAACCCUUACAGCUACAACGCCUACCCGGCCUACGGCAGCUACGGCGGCGGCGGCGGCGGCGGCCCCGGGGCCUGCAACGCCAGCUACAGCUGCAGCUAUCCGGCCGUGCAGAGCGUCCAGCCUUCGGCCGCCGCCGGCAACUUCAUGAACUUCAGCGUGGGGGACUUGAACCCGGUGCAGACGUCUAUCCCGCAAGGGAACGGCGGCCUUCCCGCGUUGCACGGCAUCCGAGCCUGGUAGGAUCAGAGGGCCGGAGGCUUUCCGGGGAGGGGAAGACUCGGCUGCAGCCCUUCGGAGAAGCGGCCUAUACACGAUUGUCCCGGGCCUCAGAAGCCGAGAGAGCGCGCCCUUUUCCGCGCUGGGUGGUGCCGGUGGAGUCUUCGGUGGGGAGGGUGUGCGCGGAGGUGGGACCGCCGACUACUGCUCCAGCUUUCGACGGGCCGCUUCGGAUUUCCUUAGGACCGAAGUCCGAUGGAGGCCUGGCUUCUGGAUAGAUCGCACCUCGGUCCAAAGGCGAGAGGUGGCCGGACCUGUGUCCCUUCGCUCGCGCUUCGAAGUUACAUCUACCGCCACUCCCGAAGUCGCCGAGCGCUUGGCGUUAACUGGGCGAGUUUCGUUUACGGAUCCGCGCCACUUUCCCACUUUUUUAAAAAAAAAA